AUGCGCCGCGACCUGGAGAGGGAGAGAGAAUUCAAACGCAGGGAAGCCGCAGAAAACGAGGAGGCUCUGCGACGUGGUGAGAGAGAACUCCUAGAGAAGAACCGCAGGCUAGCAGAUGAAAAAUGGCGGGCCGAGAAAGAGGCCGAGGAACAAGCCAGGGAGAGAAGUCGUAGAGAACAGGAGAAGAAGAAGGCAGCAGAGGAAAAGCGGCGGGCUGAAAGGGAAGCUGAAGAACGAGCCAGAGAGAGAAGCCGAAGAGAACACGAAAAGAAGAUGGCAGCAGAGGAGGCACGCACAAGAGAAGUCGAAAGGCAGAGUAAAGCAGAAUACGAAAGACAACUGCAAGAAAGGCUGGACCAGGACAUGCAGAUCAUGAUUCAAAAGUCCUUGGACGAAGCCGCACGGAAGAAGAAAGAGGAGGAGGAAGAAAUGCAGAGAGCAUUGAGAGAGUCUGCAAGAUUGGAACAUAUGGAGAGGAAAUACCAAGAAGACGCAAUCCGAUCUACCAGAACAGACGUCUCAAUAAGGACAGCUGCGCCGCCCUCACCACCCGCCACUCCACCUAUGAAGAGCAUGCCACCACCACCACCUCCUGCUCCAGCUCCAGUUCCCAAGCUCGCAGUCGCCAAAUCUGCUCCCCGUCCCCCACCAGCACCCAAGCCCGCUACGGUAUCCAGGGAAACAAACUACGCCCUCCCUCCCGUCGGCGAACAGAAGAUUGGCCGCUUCAAACUAGGUGGCCGCAGCGUGCCUAUUCACGAAUCCCAAGAUAUCCCCGACACACCCACAACUUCGGGCAUACCCAUGUCACCUUCAAGUCCAGCGCCAUUUGCGCGUCUAGGUGGUGCAAUUGCGCCGUCUGAUAUGCCCAUCAUGCGAGAGCUCAAGGGUCAGGUUCCGCCCGUUGUACCAGCAGCUAUGGAUUCAAAGGCGGGACUGAGGAAGACAGGUGGACCAAGAAAGGUGCCUCCACCGGUGCCGGAACGCAUGGGUGUGGAUCCCAAACUUGCAGCUCUGCUAGCGAAACAGAGGGCUUGGGAGCCCGAGGACGACGACGAGAUGGGUGCAAAGACUGUCACGCCGCCUGAGUCUCCGUCGGGUAUUCAAGCACGUAGGUUAAGUCCGGUGGAAUUCGACAUUAAGCGCAAGUCGGGCUGGAAGAAGGAAGAGGAGUAA